AUGGAGAAACCUACUGGUGUCAUUGUCUUCCUGUUCAUGUUCAUUCUCUUUGCAGCAGCACAGAGAAAUGGCAGCAACAUUAUGGAAAAUCCCUUUCAUGUUGGAGUAAUCCUUGACCUGACCACCUUGGUCGGAAAAAUGGGGCAAACUAGCAUAUCGAUGGCGAUCGAUGACUUCUACUCCAUCAACAGCAACUACACCACGAGACUGGUUCUCCACACCAAAGAUUCGGGUAACGAUGUGGUGCAGGCGGCUUCUGCAGCUUUGGAUCUUAUAGAGAAGAUAGAGGUGCAGGUCAUUAUAGGCCCUCAAAAAUCCUCACAAGCAGCACUGGUCUCUUAUGUCGGCAACAAAUCUCAUGUGCCUAUUAUCUCCUUCACGGCAACAAGUCCUUCCCUCUCAUCCGCCCUAACACCGUAUUUUGUACGGGCAGCAUUUGAUGAUGCUGUUCAGGUGGAUAGUAUAUCCUCCAUUAUCAGGGCUUAUGGAUGGAGGGAGGUUGUUCCUGUCUAUGAGGACUCCGAUUAUGGUAGGGGCAUCGUACCAUACCUCAUCGAUUCCCUUGAACAGGUUGACUGCCGUGUCCCCUACCGCAGUGUGAUUUCCUUAGUGGCAACUGAUGACCAAAUAAUUGAAGAACUCUACAAACUGAUGACCAUGCAAACCAGGGUCUUCAUCGUGCACAUGUCAGUUCCCAUGGGUUCUCGCCUCUUCAGGAAGGUCAAUGAGGCCGGUUUGAUGAGCCAAGGAUAUGCAUGGAUCAUGACCGAUGGACUAACAAGUCUUGUUGAGUCACUUGACCCAUCUAUCAUUGCAUCAAUGCAAGGUACAAUUGGUGUAAGACUAUAUGUUCCCAAGUCUAGAAAGCUCGAUCAUUUUGCCAGGAGAUGGAGGAGGAGGUUUCAGCAGGAGAACCCUGAUGAUCAGCCUGCUGAACCUGGGAUCUUUGCCUUGUGGGCUUAUGAUACAGUAUGGACUGUGGCGAUGGCAGCAGAAAAUGUUAAGGGCAUAAAUUCUAGCUUUCUGAAGCUAGCAAAUACCGGUAACUCAACAGGAUCAGACAGGUUGGGGGUGUCUAUUGCUGGUCCUCUACUGCUAAAAUUGAUAUCUGAAAGCAGAUUCAGAGGUAUAAGUGGGGAAUUUCUUUUUGCAGAUGGGCAGUUGCAGUCCUCCACAUUUCAGAUUAUCAAUGUGGUUGGUAAAGGAGGGAGAGAAAUUGGGUUCUGGACACCCCAGCAUGGAAUUAUAAAACAACUUAAAAAGAACAGAACUAAAGAGUAUUCAGCCUUGAUGACUGAUAUGAAUCCAGUGAUCUGGCCAGGAGAAUCAACUGUUGUUCCAAAGGGUUGGGAGAUGCCAUUAAGUGGGAAGAAGUUAAGGAUUGGUGUUCCUUUGUUGGAUGAAACUGAUGAAUUUGUGAAGGUGGAAAGGAAUCCCAUCACCAAUGCGAUCACGGUAAGUGGGUUCUGCAUUGAUGUCUUCGAAGCUGCAUUGCAGACAUUGCCUUAUGCUCUUCCACAUGAGUACAUCCCUUUCGAGAAUGAAAAAGGACUGUGUGCAGGGACAUACGAUGACCUUGUGGAUCAGGUCUAUUUCCAGUUUACCAUUUCCAGCAUUAUUUCAUCAUCUCCAAGCAUACGAUUUAUACUAAUUGAUCUCUGUCAGCAGAAAUAUGACUCUGUGGUAGGGGAUGUAACAAUUAGAGAAAACCGAUCUCGCUAUGUGGACUUUACAUUACCUUACACUGAAUCAGGCAUUGCAAUGCUGGUACCAGUCAAGGACAGCAUCAACAAGAAUGCAUGGAUAUUUUUGAAGCCACUGACCUUUGAUUUGUGGUUGGGGAGCUUGGCUGCUUUCUUCUACACUGGAUUUGUUGUGUGGGUGCUCGAACAUCGCAUCAACAUGGAGUUUAGGGGUCCAGUUAGCCAGCAGCUUGGGACAAUCUUCUACUUCUCUUUCUCGACGCUAGUUUUUGCCCACAGGGAGAAGUUGGAGAAUCUUCUGUCUAGAAUUGUGGUGAUUAUAUGGGUGUUUGUGGUGCUAAUUCUUACAUCCAGUCAUACCGCUAGUUUAACCUCAAUGCUUACAGUGCAACAGCUUCAGCCAACUGUCACUGACCUACAUGAGCUUCAAAAUAAUGGGGAGUAUGUAGGAUAUCCCGUCAAUUCCUUUGUGAAAGGCCUAUUGAUGCAACUCAACUUCGAUGAGAAAAGAAUGAGGGGCUAUUCUUACUCAGAUGAGUAUGUUGAGGCCCUGAAGAAAGGAAGCCACAGUGGUGGUGUUGCGGCCAUUGUCCAUGAAAUCCCAUAUAUCAAGCAAUUCCUUUCAAAGUACUGUAAAGGUUAUACAAUGGUUGGACCAAUUUACAAGACCGCGGGAUUUGGAUUUGUAUUCCCCAAAGGCUCUCCUGUGGUCCCUGACAUAUCAAGAGGAAUCCUAAAUGUAACUGAGGGUGACAGCAUGAAACAGAUCGAGAAGAAGUGGUUCGGGGGUCGGGAUUCUUGUCUAAAACAGGGUGACAUUGUUGGCUCUGGUAGCCUCGGCUUUAACAGCUUCUGGGGGUUAUUUCUUCUAAGUGGAGCCGUUUCGACUUGUGCCCUGGUGAUAUUUCUAGCAUCCUUUGUCUGCAAGAAUUGGCAUGAAAUGAGAGACAUCGAUCGUGAUAAGUCCAUUUCACAAAGGCUCAUAUCUUGGGUAAGAUACUACAACAAGAAAGAUUAUAGUGCCAACACUUUCAGGAAGGAUAACAGUGAAGACUCAGAACAAGAUGCCGACGGAACCCGCAGAAACUCAGGUGAAAUUCCAGCGACACUAGACGAUGAUCCUUCAAACGGUCGAAGAAGCAUAUCCAACCUUUCUGAUGUUUCCUGCCCUCCAGGAGAAAGCUCUUCUGCAGAGCUUGCAAGUCCAUGUUCGGAAGCCAGACCGAUCUCUAUUAUUGUAACCAACCGAAGGCAUUAAGAUCUACUAUUACCAAUAUUAAUACUGAAGCAAUCAAACAGGAAAUCUUGUAUUUUCCAUAUUCAA